UGUGUGUGUGUGUGUGUGUGUGUGUGUGUGUGUGUGCGCGCGUGUGUGCGCUCUUCGCCCACUCCCAGGAAACUCAUAACCAGCAGACAUGGGGGACGAGAUGCGCUGCCUGAAGGCUCGGCUCGAGGAGAGAGAGAAAGAGGUCGCUGCCCUGAAGAAUAAACUGGCCCGAGUGGAAAAGGACCGUGCUUCAGGACCAGAGCUGUAUGAGGAAGUGACACCCCUCAAGCCCCUGAUGGCCAAGCCAGCCCUGAGCAACGAAGACAUCAUGCGGUACAGCAGACAGCUCCUUCUGCCUGAGCUCGGUGUUCAAGGUCAGCUUAAUUUAUCCAAGACCUCAGUGCUGGUUGUGGGCUGCGGAGGACUGGGCUGCCCCCUGGCACAGUAUCUCGCUGCUGCAGGCAUCGGGCGCCUGGGCCUGCUGGACUAUGACGAGGUGGAGCUCAGUAACCUGCACAGACAGGUGCUUCACGGGGAGGAGACCCAGGGCCAGGCCAAGGCCCUGUCUGCUGCCAGUGCAGUGAAAAGGUUGAACUCGACGGUGGAGUGUCUCCCCUACCGCCUGCAGCUCUCGCCGGGGAACGCCCUGCAACUCAUCCAACAGUAUGACAUUGUGGCGGAUUGUUCAGACAAUGUCCCCACUCGGUAUCUGGUGAACGACGCCUGCGUGCUCAGCGGCAAGCCUCUGGUGUCCGCCAGCGCCCUGAGGAUGGAGGGACAGCUGACAGUAUAUAACUACCGUGGAGGCCCCUGCUACAGAUGUCUUUACCCAGUACCCCCACCUCCAGAGACAGUGACCAACUGUUCUGACGGAGGGGUGUUAGGAGUGGUUCCGGGGAUAAUGGGCUGCUUCCAAGCCUUGGAAGUCCUCAAGAUUGCCUCUGGACUAGGCUCUUCCUGCGGCCAGAAGCUGUUGAUGUUUGACGCUCAAGACACCCGACUCAGGUCCAUCAAGCUGCGGCCCAAGCAGGCCGGCUGUGCAGUGUGCGGAGAGGAGCCCAGCGUGACCCAGCUGGUGGACUACGAGGCUUUCUGUGGGUCCGCUGCCUCCGAUAAGUGCCGCAAGCUGCACCUCCUCUCCGGAGACCAGAGGAUCACGGUACAGGAUUAUAAAUCGAUAAUAGACAAGGCCGAGCCACAUCUCUUGUUGGAUGUGCGCCCUCUUGUGGAGGUGGAUAUAUGCCACUUACCUUUCUCCCUCAACAUCCCCCUCUCACGUUUAGAGGAGAGGAAGAGCGAGCACAUACGACUCCUUCAGGAGAGAAUCAGCCAGUUGAAGCAGCAGAUGGAGGGAGACUGCCGGCCUCCAGUGUACGUGAUCUGUAAGAUGGGCAACGACUCUCAGAAGGCAGUGCAGGCUUUGGAGAAGAUGAGUGGGUCCGAAGUGGACAGUGUCUCAGUGAAAGACAUCUGUGGAGGACUCUCGGCCUGGGCAAAGAGGAUAGACCCCACAUUCCCACAGUAUUAAUCCAUAUACAGUGAAUGUUUGUUUGUGUGUUUUUACACUUUUUUUGUCAAUAAACUAUUUUUCAUCAUUGCU